CAUGCAAAUGUACGCUUGAUUGCAUUUACUAUCUUGCAGACUUGCUAGAUCUAAUUAGGUGGGCAUAGACUACGUAAGAGGCACUAUGGUAGGCUCAUUAGGAGUAAGGAAAGGUGCAUGGACGGAGGAGGAAGAUAUACUUCUAAGGAAGUGCGUUGAGAAAUAUGGUGAAGGAAGAUGGCAUGAAGUUCCUUCCAGAGCAGGCUUGAAUCGAUGCAGGAAAAGCUGCAGAAUGAGGUGGUUGAAUUAUCUUAAGCCCAAUAUCAAGAGAGGACAGUUUUCGGUGGACGAAGUGGACUUGAUUAUCAGACUACACAAGUUGCUUGGCAAUAGGUGGUCAUUGAUAGCUGGUAGACUUUCAGGAAGAACAGCGAAUGAUGUAAAGAAUUAUUGGAACUCAAACCAGCGUAAGAAGGUGAUUUCUAGCACUGAUGAAGUUCGAUCAAAACCAGAAGCAAAAUCAAUCAUAAGAGACAACAUAAUAAAGCCUCAACCUUGGAAGUUCAGAAAUUUAUUCUGGUUAAGAGGAAAACGUGCUCCACUUAUUAAUGUUGGUUCUCAAUAUGGGAACGAUCUUUGUAAGCCAUGUUAUACAACAGUAUCGCCACCUUCCGACAUUAAUGAAGUUGAAAGUUUAUGGUGGGAAAGCUCGUUAGAUGACAAAGAAAUUAAUCUAACGAUCAACAGUAGUUGUCUGGGUUCUGUUUCAGCAGCAGCAGCUUACCUAGAGUCCAGCGAAAGUCAUUUUGUAGAGAACAACGCACCAGGAGGGAUAAAAACCGGGGACGUGUUCUAUGAACAAGGACAAAAUUGUUGGAGUGACAUUUCUUUGGAUGCAGACCUUCGGAAUCUAAUCAAUACAGAACUAGAUCAACAACGACCUGAAGGACUUUAGUCUAUAAUGUUGUAAUAUUUGGUGCCACAUUAAUAUAUUAUUCUUCCUUCUCCUUGUA